AUGAAGCUAUACACUGCAAAAUGUUCUCCACAACCUUUUCCGGGCAUGCCUUGUUAUGCUUCAGGCAGCUCAAACCUUGUUCUGUCAAUAGCUUCUGCAACCUCCACAGAGCCUUCUUACAAUAGUACAAUGCUAACUGAUGAGGAGAACAUUUGCAAGUUUGCAAAGAAGGGUCUUACUCCAUCUCAGAUCAAUGUGAUUCUUCAUGACUCUCACGGUAUUGCUCAGGUGAAGAGUGUUACUGGAAGCAAGAUCUUGCAUGUUCUCAAGGCCCACGGUCUUGCCCCUAAAAUUCCUGAAGAUCUGUACCAUCUUAUUAAGAAGGCAGUCUCUAUUAGGAAGCAUCUAGAGAGGAACAGGUCGAUUGAUUUUGGUUGA